UCUACCUCUCUCUCGUGUUUUGUCUGUGCUCGCCAGAGCACUGCAACAGUUUCACACUGAGCAUCAGCAAAGCAGUGGAAGAGCAAAGAAGAGGAAACCGAAAAGCAAGAGAAGAGCAGAGAAAACGGGAGUACGGAAUUGUUUACAUAUGAGAGAGGGAGCACAGGACUGUCUGUAUAUGACAGAGAGGGAGUACGGGACUGUCUGUAUAUGACAGAGUCAAUGAGAGAGGGAGUACGGGACUGUCUGUAUAUGACAGAGUCAAUGAGAGAGGGAGUACGGGACUGUCUGUAUAUGACAGAGUCAAUGAGAGAGGGACUACAGCAGAUUAAAGAAAAGGAGGAGGGGAUGAGAAGAGUGUGAGAGCGGGGGAUAGAGAGGGAAACAGUGGGUUAUAGAGCUGGAAUGCGCUGACAUUAAGGACCUGGCUGUUUGUAUAUGCAUUUGGCCCAGCACAUUCUGCCGAGCAACAGGUUUGAGCACACACACACAAACAGACACGCACGCACACACACACACACACACACACACAGCUCUGUUUGCUUUGGAGGAUAAGCCCAGGAGGCCCUGUCCGCAGAAGAGUACACCUUCCAGGGAACUUUUCCCGCCCCCCUCUCUCUCUCUCCUCCUUCUCUCCUUCUGCCUUCCCAAAUGUACCCUCCUCCCUCUGGCUGCCCAACCCAGCCUACCUGCUCCAGUCAGGACUCGCAGAGCCCAGUGGGAGACACACACACACACACCGAGAAGCUGGAAUACUCUACUGUUUACCACGGACCUGGCACGAACAGAAUCUAAGAGAGACAGAUAGACUGAGAGUCCCAGACACCCAGCCUUCCACUGACUUCCAGCAGGAUGUCUAAAGCUUCACGGCUGGCUCGACCAUCCUCCGCCGGGGCGGGCUCCAAGGUGUCGUCGUCCCGUAAGGAGGCUCCUGGUGGGGCUCGAGCCCGGGUGGUGAGUGUAGGGGAGAAGCUGAUGAGGGCCGGCAGCGACGGGACCCUGACCAAGCAGAGGGGCCUGGCUGCAGCCGCCCCACCUGCACUGCAACAGGCGGACAAACAGCAGUCCCAGAUGCAGUCUCAGACUCAGAGCCAUUCCCAAAGCCAGGCACAGACUAUGGACAUGGUGGCCCAACCCAAGAGCAGAAUCAGCCCACCUAAAGCCUCAGCUCUUCCACAGGGCUCUAUGCACAAGCAAACCAAAAGCAACCUAAAGGUGACCUCCCCGGAGGACGCCGAGCACCUGAGCAGGAGGCAGGGCCCCCCGAAUGGGACCCCCACCCGGGCCCAGGACCCCAAAAGUAACAGCAGCCGCAACGUCCCCCGCAGGCAUACGUUAGGGGGGGCACGCAGCUCCCGAGAGAUCCUGGCCAUGCAGCCCUCGGACAUGGACAAGAAGAGGGAGGCCUUCCUGGAGCACCUGAAACAGAAGUACCCUCACCACGCCUCGGCCAUCAUGGGCCACCAGGAGAGGCUCCGGGAACAGUCCUUACAGGGCAUGUUGUCUUCUCUCCACUCUGAGCUUGACAUUCAGAGGUACUUGCUGAAAAUCCAAUUUCCCCACACAAGCAGAAGCCCUAAACACGGCCUUAGCAGCUCCAGUGUAGGGGACCAGGCUGAGCACCUCUCCCUGGCCUCCCUGGAGUCUCUGGACACCAUGUCAGAGGCUGAUGCCCCCACCACUUUCACCAGAGGCAGCCGCUCCCGCGCCAGCCUGCCCGUAGUGCGCUCCACCAACCAGACCAGGGACCGCUCACUAGGCGUGCUGUACCUGCAGUACGGAGAGGAGACCAAGCAGAUCCGGAUGCCCAAUGAGAUCACCAGCGGCGACACCAUCAGGGCUCUGUUUGUGAGUGCCUUCCCCCAGCAGCUCACCAUGAAGAUGCUGGAGUCUCCCAGUGUGGCCGUCUAUGUCAAAGAUGACAUGAGGAACAUGUACUACGAGCUUACUGACGUCAGGAAUAUCACAGAUCACUCCUGCCUGAAGGUGUACCACAAGGACCCGGCACAAGCCUUCAGUCACGGCCCAAGACCCACCAACGGCGAUGCCAGGAUGCACAGAGAGGUGAUGUAUGGCAGCAGAGAUGGCCAGCACCCCCCAAUGCGACAGCUCUCAAUGGGCCCCCCUCCACACCACCCCAUGCAGGGCUCCCUGUCCCCACCCACGGCCCACUCCCUGCCCCCCUCGCCCUCCCGGAUCCCCUUCGGCCCGCGCCCGGGGUCCAUGCCCGGCACUGCCACCAUGCCACGGGAGCGCAUUUCCAACGCCACCCCUCCUGCACGAUCCGUGUCCCCCUGCCCCAGCGCCAUCCUGGAGAGGCGGGACGUCAAGCCCGACGAGGACCUGAGUGCUAUGAGUCCCAGCCUAUUGAGGGGUGGAGAGGGGCUGUACGCUGACCCAUACUUGCUCCUCAAUGAGGGGAGGAUGGGCCACGGCCUUGCCCAUGGAGGGCACCCUCCUGCUGGGGACAUUGUGGACCAUGGCAGCCUGGCUGGAUACCACCGCGUCUCCAUCCGCUCCACAGGCUCCUACAGUGGGCCCAGCCCCACCGAGGCCAUGGAACAACCGUCACUCUACCGCCAGAAGUCCAGGAAGUAUGGAGACAGCCAGCUGCCUACACUGGGCUCCAAGACCCCACCCCCCUCACCCCACAGGAUGGCAGAGGUGAGGAUGAUUGACAUCCACGGGGCGCCACCCCCUCCCAGCGGCAUUCCCCAAGAGCGCUCCUCGCCCGUUCGGCAGUCCUUCAGGAAGGAGGAAGUGGUGAAAAGCAGAAACAACAUGGCGUCUCCAGUUGUCCCAGACCUCCAGGGUGGUCACGGCCCUAUCCCGCCAGCCAACGACCCCCAGACACGAGAGCGAAUGAAGGCUAUGGAGCAACAGAUUGCCAGCUUGACUGGUCUUGUUCAGCAUGCACUUUUAACGUCCCCAAACACUAGUGGCACCAACGAGGCUCUCAGCGAACGACCCAUGAAGACAUCAAGACAAGCGUCUCCGGUUCAGAGUGCACACAGUGCAGGAGGUUCCCCUAUCCUAGCACCCAAAAGUGCCGCACUCCCCUCUGAGAGUGGCUCCACCCCUGCACUACCAGGCUCUGCCCCCUUUCAGGCCAACCUGUUCCAGUUCAAGAAGAAUGUCUCGGACCUUCGGCUGCAGCUCCAUCAGAUGAGACAGCUGCAGCUCCAGAACCAGGAGGCUCUAUGUGUGCAGCUGAAGCGGGCUGAGCAGGAGAUCAGCAUAAAGUUGGCGGAGGCCAUGAAACAUCUGGAAGACCCGGUCCAGAGACAGAGAGCCCUGGUGGAGGAGGACAGACGCGAGUACCUGGGCUUGGAGGAGAGAGUACUCAACCAGCUAGAGGAACUGGAGCAUUACGUGGACACUCUGAAGAGGGAGACCAGCUCGGCGGGGGCUCACAGAGCUGUGACACUGAAGCAUGUGGAAGAGGGGGCCGUUAGCCUCAGGAAAGUGGGAGAGUCUCUGGCAGGACUCAGAGGAGAGUUCCCGCCACUGCAGACCAGGAUGCGUUCUGUCCUGAGGGUGGAGGUGGAGGCAGUUAAGUUCCUCAAAGAGGAGCCCCACAAACUGGACAGCAUGCUGAAGAGAGUCAAGUGCCUCACGGAGACACUCAGCAGUCUGAGGAGAUGUGCUACAACCCCAAUAGAGAGCAGCCCGGCCACCAGCACCAUGGUGGACCCAGACCCCCCAGCGGAGCCUCCAGCCUCCCCCUCGGCCCUGCCCGAGCCCCAGAUCUCCUCCAUCAGGUCUGAGGUGGUCAUGCCCUCCUGCCCUAUGGUCAUCCACCACGUCCAGAGCUCUCCGGUCCACAUUCAGCAGUCCCAGCAGUCUGCAGCCCUGCUGGUCCAGCCCAGUCCCCCCAUAACCCCCACCCACAGCCAGGGCCGGGACUCCCCCAGCUCAGCCAAGGGCUCCACAGGCACCGCCUCGUCCUCCAACUCCAACCCCUCCAGCCAGGGGGGAAGCCCUGCACAGCAGAAGAAGACCCCUGCUGCCACUGCUUCAGCCAACCAAGAGCUGCCCACCCAGGCUCUGGUCAAUAACGGCAGCAAUGGGACAGGGAACUUCUUCAUCGAGGAGAUUCUCACCAAGAGCAGCAAGAGCAAAAACAGGGCCAUGUCUAUAAAGGCAGCAGAGAAGGAGUGGGAGGAGCGGAGGCAGAACAUGGGCCACUAUGAUGGGAGGGAGUUUGAGAGGAUCCUGGAUGAGGCCCAGGCCAACAUGAUGAAGGGCAUCCCCUGUAGGGAGGUGCCGAGCGAGGGGGAGGCCUCUGCAGUGACCCCUGCUGCCCUGGAGGACCAAGUGGAUUCCCCCAAGCCUGUGACACCAACCACGGAAGAGACUCCGCCUGAGCCCAGCUCAGAGAAACCAGCCAUAGCCAAGCUUGCUGGUCCUGAGAAACUCCCCAAGCCGGUACUAGAGAAGCCCACAGACAAAGUGGGCAAAGUCAGCUUGGAGGCCAGCAAGUCUCCUCCCCCUCCUCCGCCCAGAAAGACCUUCUCCAGCUCUGGAAUGACCACCACUCGGUCUGGAGAGGUGGUCUACACCAGCAGGAAUGAGUCUGCCUCGGGACAGGAGGAAGAGGAGGCUGAGGUCCCAGCUGCCCAGCGCAAACCCACCAAGAUCCCCCCAGAGACCACGCCUUCCACCCCUGCCCCCGUUGCUGCCUCAGCCAUCCACGAGGAGGAGGACGACGAGGGGGACAAAAUCAUGGCAGAGCUGCAGGUCUUCCAGAAGUGCACAGUUAAGGAUGUAGGGGUGAAAAGUAGUGUGCUAGAGACACACCCUACUCGAGUUGAGCCCCAGAUCAGAGAGCUAAGACCCGGGGCCUUAUUGCCCCUCAAAGAGAAAAAGCAGAGCUCUGAGAACACUCGUGAGGACAAAGAUCCCAACGCGGAUGAAAACGGGAACACCACCCCUCUUCGUCAGAGCCCUGGGGUGAUAUACUACGUAACUGGGCAGAUCUCCAAAGAGCAGCCACCACCCCUGGCCCCAGUGGAGGAGGCUCCUGAAUGCAGAGACAACCCAACACUGUCCCCCUCACAGGUGUCAAAUGUGAAUGCUAAUGACAAUUCUCCAAGCCAGCAGCCACAGCAGCCGCAACCGAAACCCCAGCAGUUAGGGCCACCUAUAUCUCCCAAGCCUCUGUUCUUGAAUUGCCCCAGCCCUCUGUCUCAGAAACAGGUGGUGAGCUCAGAGUCGUUGAAGACCAGCCCAGGAAUAUUAGAUGGAGUUCUGGAAAGCCCAAUGGUCAACACAGUAGAUAAGCCUCAGAUAAGCACAGUCAAGAGACUUGAGUCUCCAGUCUCCUCAGUCAUCCAGGAGUCCAGCAUUUCACUUAGAAAGAGUGUUGUGUUGCCGGCUGCAUUGCCUAAAGUUUCUCCACCAAUCACCAUAACAGAGGCUCCUAAGGCAGUGGCGUCUCCCACAGAGAAGGCCCUUAGUGAGGCCACCAAUCAACCCAGAGAUCAGCCCAGACCCAAGUAUGAGGAAGUGGAAGAAGAGGCCUUCCUGAGCCCUGACCUCCCUGGUGAGGCAGGCCCUCCGCCCCCAGACAACAUAGCCUUCAUGAUCACCAACACCAAGGUCCAGGCCCUGUCCUGUGGGGAAUACCAGGAUCUGGUCAAUGCCAAACGGGGCAUCCAGACUGUGACUGUGGGGGGGGGGCCUGGGAACCGGGACAUGACCCACACUACCCCGGGCGGCGACGGCGGCAGCUCGGUGGGGUCACAGGACGACAGCUUCAACAACAAGAAGCCGGUCAUCAUCAUCUUUGACGAGCCCAUGGACAUCCGCUCGGCCUACAAGCGCCUAUCUACGGUGUUUGAGUGUGAGGAGGAGCUGGAGAGAAUGCUGGCCGCGGAGCGCAUAGACGAGGAGGACGAGGAGUUGGAGGAGACAUGGGGGAGCAGCGGUGGACUGCAGGUAAAGGUCGGGCCCGAGGGGGGAGAGAGGGCGGCUGGUCCCACGGCCAUCAAGGCCCCCAGCGGCGCUCUUUGCUCUUCCAGUACUGACUUGUCGCACUCUUCCUCCUCGUCUGCGGAGCUCGUCGAGUCGUCCAGCGACGGCAAGCCAGACGGGAAGAAGAAGUUCAAGUUCAAGUUUCCCAAGAAGCAGCUGGCCGCUCUGUCUCAAGCCAUCCGCACAGGCACCAAGACAGGCAAGAAGACGCUGCAGGUGGUGGUGUACGAGGACGAGGAGGAGUCGGACGGCACGGUCCGACAGCACAAGGAGGCCAAGAGGUUUGAGAUCCAAAGCCGCUCCAAACAAUCUGUUCUUCCAGCAGACAUGUCACCCAAGGCCCAGGCUCCAGCUGUAGUAAGGCGGGAGCAUUCAGAUUCCCAAGGCAGGACGGCCGAGAUCCGGAAGAGCACCUACAAGACCCUGGACAGCCUGGAGCAGACCAUCAAGCAGCUAGAGACCACCAUCAGUGAGAUGGGCCCCGCAAGGCCCCACCAGGAGGAACCAGUGAGGAGUGCAGCCAGCGUGGAGCCCCAGGCUGGGUGUGGGGAGAGUGAAGGCCUGAAGAGGUCCUUAUCACUCCCUUCUAAGAGUUCACUCCCCAAGGUCCCCCAGCCCAAUAAGGCCUCCUCUCUGAGGAAGAAGACCAAACCUCAGCUCCUCCCCAGGCCAGCCGCCCUACCCACCGCCACCAUCAACCCCAGCCAACAGAACGCAACCAGUGUCGCUUCCCCAUCUAGUCGGAUGCCAGUGCCCAUGUCUGCGAAGUCCAGGCAGUCACCAGGGACUACUACAGACAAAGCAGGAAAACAGCAAAAGCUACAGGACAGCGCUCAGAGGCAGUUCCGACAGGCUAACGGAAGCGCUAAAAGAGCAGGGGAGGGUCAUAAAACUACUUCCCCUACUAUACCUGCCUCUAAAAUUCCUGCUUUUUAUCCUAGCUCUGCUAAAGGCAACUCCUCCCAGUCUGCUCCAAACUCAGAUGCUACUAACCCUAUUACCCUUUUCCCCUCUUCCAACUCCUCCUCUUCCUCCCCCCACACCACCAAGUCCUCCAUCCCGUCCCCUCACGCCCCCCGCCACCCUGGCUCAGCCCUCCCCACCUCUUCCCACAUCCCCUCCUUCUCUAACGGUUCCUCCUUCAAACUCCCCAAGCCCUCUCACACAGGUAAAGCUCUCUCGUUCUCCUCGCAGACUCAAAACGGCCGAGCACCCUCCUCUUCCUUCUCCUCCCCCUCCCCUCUGUCACCCACCCCGUUGGGCCCCGGUGUGAAGAGCAUCCGCACCAUACACACCCCCAGCUUCACCAGCUACAGGCCCCAGAAUGGCAGCAGCGGCAAAUCCUGCAUCCCAACCGCCACAGCAGCCAAGGACUCCACUUAAUACAGUUACCCUGUUUGGGUUACUACUCUCUCUUUCUCUCUCUCUUUCUCUCUCUCUCUUUCUCUCUCUCUCUCUUUCUCUCUCUCUCUUUCUCUCUCUCUCUCUCUCUCUCUCUCUUUCUCUCUCUCUCUUUCUCUCUCUCUUUCUUUCUCUCUCUCUCUUUCUCUUUCUCUUUCUCUCUCUCUUUCUCUCUCUCUUUCUCUCUCUCUCUCUCUCUCUCUCUCUCUCUCAGGAGCUAAAUUUAUUCUGUUGUUUAUUGGUUUGUAUUUUGUUGUAAAAAGGGUAAUGGAUGCACUUCCCCAACCAUUCAUCUUUCAAUUUGAUUUGUCACUGGCAUUCUCACACUGAUGCUUUGACUUCGUUUUAAGUUGCAUUUUCCUUUGGCUGAUGCUUUGAACUUGAAUCCUGGAUUUUAAAAAGGUGUAUUAGAGUACUGAGGAAAUUAUUUUAAAGAUAAAAAUGUAAAAAAAAAAUGAUUUUUCUGACUAUCUAAGAAAAUACAGUUGAUGUACAAUCACCAUUACCGUGUAAAAAAAAGAAAAAAACGUUUUAUUUUUGAAAACCAGAGACUGGAUAACCAUAGUAUAUCUUCAUCUUACACUUUCUUGUGUUCUCAUUCAGUAUAACCCUUGUAAAUGCCUUUUAUGAAUGUAUACUGUAAGUAUACAGACGUUUAAAGUGGAAUUGCAUUGACCUGAUUUCUAUUUUGCUAAGACUAUUUUCUCAUAUAGUUAUCCAUGCACUGCCAAUGUAUUUUUUUAGAAGAUUUAUGAGAUUUAUCAGUUAUUUCUGUAGUUAUUGUGCCUACUUGCCAAAGUUAUGUCAUUUCCUGACUGUUUUACUGUAAUCAUGACAUACCAAGUGGAAACUCUACACAUACACUCAAGGUGUGAUGGCUGACGUCUUUACCUUCAAUAGCUUGACUUGGAGGUCUAUGUUUCCUACGUUGAUGUUUAUCGAUGUCUAAAUGUAUACAGUACUAAAAACAAAAGAAAUUCACAAAAUGCUCUCGCAAGUGUACAUAAAUGCUUCUAAUAAGAACCUUUAGUAGUUUUGUUAACAUACCAAAGUUUAUUUGUAUGCAUGCCUUUUAAGAUACUUUAGGAGAGUGAUUCAUGUUAAAAGAAGAAUUAUGUUUGCACAGAUAGAUUUUGUAAAUAUUUGGUUUGCUCUCAUUUUUGUAAAGCUUUAAACCAUACCACAUAAAAGGUAAAGAAUUGUGUUGGAAUAAAAACAAUAAAGGUCUGCAUGCUUGUAAUGUUCUAGUCA